CAUACUCCUGAACUGCACAACACUUAAGUACAGUUUAGAGUGAGAGACGCUGACUACUGAACUCAGAAUUGUCUAAGAAAUAUGCCAGAAUUGUGACUUUACAGGAAUAAGCUUUUCUCAGUUAUUAUCUCACCUUUAAUAUUUUGCAAUGGAAUUAAGAGCAGACAUAGAACUGUGAUUUAUUUGCGAUGUUCCAGUUUUCUAUAGCCUUUUGCUAGGGAGUUCACUUAAAUGUGUAUCAAAAUUGUGUUUGAAACAGUUACUUUUACUAUUCUUACAACAAGCUUUUCCUUUGUUUUAGACAAAAUAGGAAAUAGGACCAAAUGUCUUGUGUGUUCUGACUUCUCUGUAUGUAUGUGCAUCUCGUUGGUAGAAGUAACGUGUUAUUAAUGCUACAUGAGGCUGCUGCUCUUAUUGCAAAACAAAGUCACUCUAUAGGCAAAUCCCAAGGUACUGUAUAGUUCUGUUGUCUCUUGGGCAGGUUUGCAGGAUCAUAUUACAUCCGGCACUAAAUGUCAUAAGUUUCAGGAGGAAUUUACUAUUCUUCCAAAAUGUAAAUUAAGGAACCCUUCCCCCUCGCUCUUGCAGAUAAUAAUGCUAGUAUCUGAAGCUGUGCAUACCGGGGAAGAAAAUUCUGCCUGAACUACAAAGAGAUCUCGUGUCUACUUGCCACAGCAUGUUUUUGAAGUCUUUUGUGUAAUAGCAACUGUUUUAAAGCACAUUUUGUUGAGGAAAAAUUGCAGUGGAUCAUAAACUGAGAAGGGCAGCUCUCCUCAAAAAGAUAUGGAUAAGAAGAUGGAUGAAGAGCAGCCUCUGACUGCAUGUAGCCAGUACCCUAAAGAAGCAGUGAGGAGACGUCAGAGCUCGGGUCAGGGUUCCAGGGGCAGCGAUUCUUCCAGGACCUCCAGGAAAAGCUUCAGGCUAGACUACAGAUUAGAAGAGGAUGUCACUAAAUCAAAGAGAGGCAAAGAUGGGAAGUUUGUCAACCCAUGGCCAACGUGGAAAUCACCGACCUUGCCAAAUGUUUUGAAAUGGUCCUUCAUGGAAAAAAAUAAUAGCAACGUGCCAUGCUCGAAGCAGGAACUGGAUAAAGUGCUUCCUGUGUUAAAACCUUACUUUGUUGAAAAGCCAGAACUUGCUGGAAAGACAGGAACUGGUCUGCGAGUCACGUGGCUGGGACAUGCUUCCGUUAUGGUGGAAAUGGAUGAACUUAUAUUCCUUACUGACCCAAUCUUCAGCCAGCGAGCUUCCCCCACUCAGCUGGUGGGUCCCAAGCGCUUCCGAGGACCUCCGUGCACCGUAGAGCAGCUCCCCAAGAUAGAUGCAGUCAUGAUCAGCCACACUCACUAUGAUCACUUGGACUACAACACUGUAAUGAGUCUGAAUGAGCGUUUUGGGAGUGAGCUGCGCUGGUUUGUGCCUCUAGGGCUGUUGGGCUGGAUGCAGAGAUGUGGUUGUGAGAAUGUGAUAGAACUGGACUGGUGGGAAGAGAACUGUGUCCCUGGUCAUGAUGCGGUAACUUUUGUCUUCACCCCUUCGCAACAUUGGUGCAAAAGGACUGUGAUAGAUGAUAACAAGGUUCUUUGGGGCAGCUGGUCUGUCUUAGGACCAUGGAACAGGUUUUUCUUUUCAGGAGAUACUGGAUAUUGUGUUGCUUUUGAACAGAUAGGCAAAAGGUUUGGACCUUUCGAUCUUGCAGCCAUCUCCAUUGGAGCUUAUGAGCCAAGGUGGUUUAUGAAAUACCAGCAUGUGGAUCCUGAAGAAGCAGUAAGAAUCCACAUUGAUGUUCAAGCAAAGAAGUCUGUAGCAGUUCAUUGGGGGACCUUUGCUUUAGCAAAUGAGUAUUACCUGGAUCCUCCAGUUAAACUGAAUGAAGCUCUUGAAAGAUACGGCUUGAAAAAAGAUGACUUCUUUGUCUUAAACCAUGGAGAAUCACGGGACUUGAGUACAAAUGAUGGGUUUGAAUAACAAAAGAGUAGCAGAUCCCUGUAAGCCCUCUUUGAUUUGAGCUAGCAAUUAAUGUUACAAAUAUUACUAGGAUGUACUUGCAAAGUAGAUUUGGGGGGGGGGUGAAUUGGAUUUGUAGAUGCUGGGUUUGUCGGUUACAGAACUAAAACUUGCAUACCAAUUUCAUGCUAAAUUUCACUAGUUAUAUUGUUUAUAAAUUUUGAGGUGAUGGAAGAACUGGUUAAUAUGUAAGGUAUUGUCUGGGAAUAACUUGCAGUUUCAACUCUUAUGUACACCACUGAUAAAUUACUGGGGUUUUGGGGGCUUUUUUGAACUCUUCAUCUUACCUGCAGCAGCAAUAAUAACCUCAGUGCAGGACAUACUCUUAGAGUUAAUGGCUGACUUGAACUAGUUUUUGUUAGAAUGUCAUCUCCCACUUGUUGGUCAUUAAUCUUCAGUUUAUGCCCUGUACCUCGAUAGCUUCACUGUAUGUUUUGUGGGGUGGAGUCUUCCAAUACAGCUGUGUUGUUAAGCACAAGCACAGUAAAAGAAUUAUUUUACUGACUGCUUCUACAUUUUCAUAUACUGACGAACCACAAAAGCUGCAUUUUACAGUGAUAUAAAGAAACGUGCCUUUCAGAGAUAGACAUAGUUUAAUAUUGCGUCACUCGUGUAACACUUAACUGCUGGCCAGAGUAUUCUUUGUUUUGUCAAUGUUUUUAAGUUAGGCCAGAACAUGUCUAAAUGCAGUACAUGAAAUGGAAGAAUCCCUUAAUGGCACUUGUCUUUACAUUGACUCAGCCUAUUACUAAGUACUUUUAAGUGAAAUAUAUUUAGCAAGGGCUGUGGUAUUCUUUUUCUUACAGCUUCCCUGUAAUUUUUAAGUUGAAUGAGAGAUGACAACAUUGCUCACUAUUGUAAAACUUGGCUAAAUGUAUCUGAAUCAAAUUGCCAUGCUAAUUUACAGAAUUAAAGCCUAUUAUUGCCAAUAAAAAGGGUUGUUAUUCUCCUUCAUGAUUCAAUGGCAAAUGAUUUUUCUGUCAAUGAUUUGUUUAGGUCUGUGGGGGAUAUGUAUUUUUUUGUUGUUGUUCUUGCAGUGCAUUAUAUUUUAUGUUCAGAAUCCAUAAAUCUAAAUAAAAAGACACAUUAUUUCCCUGCUAUUUAAAAACAUGAACUUCCAGCAACCAGUUCAAACCAAUUAAUGAGAUUUCAUGCUAUGAGCAAACUGAAGGAAUCUUUUAACUGUUGGGAAGUGCUACAAGUCUUAAACAUCUUAAUACCAACAAAAAACAGCACAAGGAGGUAAAAAUCCAUUAGUCCAAGUUCAUGCUGAGAGAGGGUUCAGGAACAGAGGGCUACACUUACAUGUAAGAAAACGUAGCUUAUAUUCCUCUGGUGAGAUUCAUAUUUGACAAAUGUCAGGAUUUCUUUAUUUGAAAAGGUUAUUCUAAUAUGGCCUAGAUGUAUUCACCAGAAUUUGUUCAGAACUAGUUUAAAAGUACUCUCAGUCAUUUGGUGUUCAUUUUGGGAGGGUAUUUCAGGUGAAGUCUCUACUGGGCCUCUUAUUUACACAACAGCUUCAAUAACAAAUUGGAUAACAUAAUGCAUCUCAUGUUCAUAAUAUUGCGAAAGACACUAAGCUGUGCAGGAUGCAUUGAGUACUGUGAAGGGCGUGGUUAAAACUGAUGUGUUUUGUUUGUUUUCCUGUUUUCAGAAACAUCAGUAGACUCUUCUGUAAAAUUCUGUACUUUAGAAAGAAAGUAAAAUACAGAACACAGAUAAGCAGCCACAGAGCAGAGAAGUACUGACUUAUGAGAGUCAGAGACUAAAUGUCAGUAACAGCAUACAUUUCAGUUUGGAUCUGUUCACUCACAGCAUUUAUAUGUAGAAUGGUGUCUCUUACACUUGGCUUGGUGCUGGUAAGAUUUCAUCUAGGGUGUGGGAUAAAAAAGUUAGACAUUCUGGUGUGAAGACACUUUGGAGAGCCUUGCAUGAUUUCAAAACACAUUAACAGUGUUGUUCUAUGAGGAAAGCACUUACUGUAACAAGGUUUCAUGUACUUUUAGAAAAGGGGACAGUGGUUACUUGUUUCUGACAGCUGUCAAAGGCUAAUUAUCAAAAGGAUGAUAUCUGAAAAACAACUUUUUAGGUCACAGAACAGAGAGGGACAUCUAAAUAUCUUUAUUGCUGAGCUUCAGAAAACUUGUAUGUAUCAGCUAUACCUAGAACAGACUAGUCCAGGCUAGUCUUAAGUUCUUGUCAGAAGAGAGAGGUGAGAUUGGCAAAUUCUUUGUGCCUGACUUAGCAUUUGUUUUCCUUUGUUAAAUACAGAAGCAGAAAAAAAAAAAAUCUACAGAAAGUGGCAAAGCAUUAAUUGUAACUUGUUUAUUCCAAAAUGAGCAGUGGUUUUGGAGCAGUGGGAAGGAGAAAGGGACGUUCAGUGUCAACGCAACAAUUGUCAGGGUUCUGACUGGGAAUCAGGCCAGCUUCUGUUUCUGUCUUGAUUGCAUUCCUGAUGAGUUAAAACUACCCGGGUAGAUGAACUGGAUACAUGUAGCUUUACCCCCGUAUUGAUCAGAGUGUGUUGUAUUAUCAGGGUCACAUUCUUCUUGCAGCUUUAGCUAUUUGCAAAGUUGCCUACUGAAAAUAAGUAUCUAUUGAAUUUCAGAAAGAGUCAAGAGUAAUAAUUCAGUGAGAGUACAUUGGGUAUAGUAACGUGGCAAGGUGAAGCAUCUGGUAAGAGUAUAGGCAAUACAGCUCUUAAAAAUGGUACAAGGGUGGAAAGCUUGUUUUCUAGCCUUUAUAGCUGACACUUCUUACUUAUUCUAUGAUGCGCUAUUGCGGAAGCUUUAAGAGUCUUCAUUUAGUAUGAAGUAUUUUCUAGUAUGCUUUAUGUUCAUCAAUGAAACUUCCUUCAGGUUCUUUUACACGAUGUUUGUACAUUCUCCAUUUUGAGUUAACACUGGAUUGAUAACUAAAACUUUAUGGAGGUCUUAUUCUGAUGAUGUUCCAGUUGCAGAGAAAAAAAGAGUAAAACUCCCCAGGGAAAACAGGCUCAGGGGCUGCUACAGGACAAGAAGCUGGUGUAAAAAUGUGGAUGAUACUGCUUUAAUAUAGACUUUUUAAAAUAAAUGUAAGAAUGUUGAAUUGCAGAUAAGCUUUGACUCAUAACAAAAUAUUUUGAAAAAUAUGUAUGCUUUCCUUAAAGUGACAAUUUUAAAGCAAUAUAAAAUUCUUUUGCUUUUAUUCAAGUAUAAAAGUCUUGAUGGUUGUGGCUGAUUGCACUGCAGUUUAGCUAAAUGGGACAGAUACACUAAGUGUAUGAGAACAUAGUUUCAUAUAUUCCGUGCAGGUAAGGUGAAAAAACACAGGCUGGGGAACUUCAAUAAGCAGUUUGCAUUGCAAAUACUAGUUUUGUAGGAAGCUGAUGCUAGUUUGGCAUUGGUUUUAUUUAUUAUUUUCUAAGAUUUGCCUGCCCCCAUUGAGUAGAUGUCAGAUUAAUAAAAUGUAAAUGCCUAAUCUCUAAUUGCUGAACCUUCAAUGCAUCAUUCUAUAAAAGUAUUUAUUGAACAGCUGCAAAUACGGUAACAGAAAUUCUUUAUGAUACUGAGAAUAUUUUAAUUAGUUUCUCUAUUUCAGAUGCUCACUGUACAUCUGCAAGUUCAAGUUUUGAACUAUUCCUCCCCCUUCUAUACAUGUACCAGCUGUCCAGUUGUUUCUCAGUAUUAAGCUAUUGCUUUUAUCUUGUUCAUUAAAAAAAUGUUAUGCUCUAUUAAA